CAGAAUGAGUAGGAGGUUUUACUUCGCUCAGAGAAUGAAUUCUCAGACGCAAAAGAGGUUCCUCAUCAUGCCUCUUUCAAAUCAUCUUAAAAAGUGUUCUUUUUUAACCAUGAAAAAUCACAGCAAAAAAAUUAAAACAAAAGAAACAAGUAUCAAGAGAAGACGGAGACGGCGAGGUGAGUUGGUUUCUCUCAGACAAAUGCCUCGAUUCGUCCUCAUGUGGAAUGGAAUGGAUAAAUCGGACUCGUCAUCUAUGUUUAAUCUUCUCAUCACCGAGAAACCCACCGAAUUCCAAUCGUAAACCCCCCGUCAACGAUUAACAAUCGAAACAUAAAAGAAAAAAAACAAAAAUAAAAGGAACAGAAUCGAACACUCAGAAGAGCAGCGGAGAAGAAAAACACAACGGCGCGGCGACCGUCCUCCACGGGAUGGGCGAAGGUCAGAUGAUGGAGAUGGGGUUCCUCGAAGCCAUAUAUAUAGGGUACAAAUCUAGGGUUAGGUUUCCGCUUAACGAAACCCCGCUCUGGAUUUACUGAAAUGCCCCUUGUCUACAGUAACAUUCAUAUUGGGCCGUAUUAUUGGGCCCUCCAUCGCUAUAUCUUACGGGCCUUUUGUUUUCUUUCAGUUCUUUUCGCCAAGGGCGAUUAUUACAGUUUUGACCUUGUGUGUCUCCUUCAAACGGACGAACUAUCCACCCCCGUUCUCUCCACAGGCGAUAAUGGUUUCAGGUGCUGCGGCAGCUGCUCUCCUCAGCUUCCAUUCUCCCUUCAAGCUGCGCCACUCGGUGGCGCACCAAUCCCCCCUCCCUUGCUUCCCCAAGAGGGUUGACAGGUUAUCACCUUCUGGAGCUGCGACUGAAUCCGAUCUCUCAGCUGCCUCCUCCGGCGCUCUUGCUGCAACCGCUGCUGCGCCUGAAGCGCUGAGUUCACAUCGCGGUAGCACCGCUUCUGAUCUUGAAAGCUUAUGCAAACAAGGUAGAAUAGAGGCGGCCUUUGAACUAAUUGAUCGGAUGGGGAAACGUGGGAUGCCAGUUCAACCCGGCGAUCUUGCUCUGCUGCUCCAAGCUUGCGUCCAGUCGCGGUCGAUUGCCCUCGUCAGGAGAGCUCACCGACGGAUGAUGAGAACUUCGUGGAGAUCCUUCAAGCCAAUCGUCGACCAAUUGGCCUCUGUCUAUUGUAAGCUGGGCAGCGCCGAAGACGCGCGCCGCGUGUUCGACGAAAUGGUCGUUCGUCCCGGACUGGCCAGUAAAGGCGAGGCGGACCCCAAGAGGAGGGAGGCGUACGAGAAAGUGCAACGGUUGCAUGAGGAGAUGAGAGCGGCAGGGUACGUGCCGGACACGAGGUUCGUGCUGCACGACAUCGACGAGGCGGCGAAGGAGCAGGCACUGAUGUACCACAGCGAGAGGCUGGCCAUCGCCUACGGCCUCAUCAGCACGCCGCCGGGCACCACGCUCAGGAUCAUGAAGAACCUCAGGAUCUGCGGGGACUGCCACAACGCCGUCAAGCUCAUCUCCAAGAUCGAGGGGCGGGAGAUCAUCGUGAGGGACAACAAGCGGUUCCACCACUUCAGGGAUGGUGUCUGCUCCUGCAGAGACUACUGGUGAACACGUAUCUGCUAUCGUUUAUGUGACGCACUUUUGACGGACUAAUUAUAUAUUAGGAACGACCUUUUAUCAUUAGUGUGGUGGUCUUUACCGUUUAAAAAGUUGUAUUAUCAUCUCUAUAAUUAUAAGAAUAAAAUAUCUAUAUUCAUUUA